AAAUAAUUUCCCCAUUUCCCAUCACCGCAACUUGGUGUUUAUAGCAGUACAGAAUUAAAUGGAAACCAGUGGCUGAAAAACUGUCCUUUAAACCUGAAUGUUUGCGGGAACGCUUUGCUCCACAGUGUUUGCACAUUCUUUGCAGGAGUUUCAUCCAUUGUGUCACUGAAAGGUGAGUGGGUUUUCUUUGCUUAAAUGCAGCAGGAGUUACCUGUUUGUGUCUAUCACCAACCUGUCCUGUCAGCAGUAUGUUACAAGUAUCUGUUUACAUGUAGGGAUGGGUUCAAAGUGUGUUAACUUGUAUCAUCAAUCAUGAAGCCUAACCUUCUGUUGACCUUGUUCCACGGUUGAUUGAAGUAACAGGAACAAGGAAAUACAGUAUUUGCCAGACAUUGCUUUUUGGCUUGUUUUCAAGGCACUUCAGGACAGAGUUUUCAACUAAAAGUGACAGUAUUUCCUGGAGAGUGAUUUAAGCUUGAAUUUUGACAUUAGCACUGGACAUAUUAUUACAUGAGCUUGUUUCUUUUGUCUGCCUUUUUUGGCUGCAGUGCUCUGCAUGCCGCUGCUCAGGUCUGUAGAGCUGCACUGCAGAGGCUCUUCAGUCUGAAGUAAUUGAGCUCAGACACUGUGAGCCAUGUUUGUGUAUCAAGGGUUACUUUAACAUGCCUGGUGACAGGAAGAGAUCGGUUUACCCCCUCUGAGCUGACAGUUUACUCUCCUUCAUCCACCACAAGUCCAUGUAGUGGAUCGUUAAAGAUUGAUGUUUUUGCACACUCUUGUCUUCUAGCCUGUGUAUCCUCUCCCACAUCAGCUCUUUUUUGUCCCUCACGACUCUGUGCCCACUCUCCUCUCUCUCUCUCUGCAUCCUCUGCUGCUUUCCCUUUCUCCCUGCCUUCCUUCUCUCCCUCUCUCAUCCCCUCCUCCCUUCCCACUCUCUCCUCCUGACUGCCUGCGUCAGCCAGCUAGUAAACGUUGCUACUGGAGCUGCUGUACCCUGCAGAGUGUGUGUGUGUGUGUGAGAGUGUACGCAGAUGGGAAAGCAACUGAGUCAGGGAGGGCUGCCUCUCAUCCUCUCCACUGUUUUCACCAUCCUUCACUCUCCCUCCUCUACACCUCCGCUGCCAUGGAGCUCCAGCAGGCUGAAUCACAACAGCGUCUGCAGAAAGGGCUGAGGUAGAUGUGUAUGCGUGUGCGCUGCUCCGUUGGGCCAGUAUGGAGUGUGCGUGUCUGAGAAGGUGGGCGUCGGGCUCUGCCGUCGUGUUCCUUCACACACUGGCCUUAUCCUGGGCAGGUGCAACUGAGCCCGCUCCCAAAAUUGACGGACGGCACCGAGCGGCCGUGACGCUGCAGGAGAAUAUAACACACUGGUUCAACUGCCAAUCAGACGGCUGGGAUCCCCGCGCCCGUCCCUUGCUGACGUGGUACCUGAACGGAGAGCAGCAGAGAGAGCCGCCGCCCAAACAUGGACAUUUGAAAGACCUUGAGGUCAUCAGACCGGGGCCCAAUCACAACAGCACCUUCUCCCUGCGGGCCAGGAAGUGGGACCGGGAGCUGGUGUGUGUCGCGUCGAACCCCAGGACGGGAGAGAGCUACAACGCCACGGUCAAACUCAACGUCCAGUUUCAGCCAGAGAUCCUCAAGCUGAACGCCCACUACAGUGAAACCUCACACCCCGGUCUCUCCCUGGUCCUCUUCGCCUUGGUACGGUCCAACCCGCCUGCCACCAUCACCUUCGUGGACCAGUCAGGCCAGCAGGUAGCCAACACUUCCGACUUCCUCAUCCUGGACAAGCGGAGCCACCCCUGGUUGACCAAUCACACGCUGAAGGUCACGCUGGGUAGCCUAUCAGGGAACAUCUCGAUGAACGUCAGCAACAGUGUGGGAACGGUGCAGAGCAACCUCACGCUGGCAGAGUUCCUGCAGUCUCGUGUGGAGGUGCCCAUGCUGGGAAUAGUGACCGGGGGAGCCAUGGCCUUCAUGGCCCUCCUCAUCCUCAGUCUGAUAGUCCUCUGCCUCAUGCAAAAAAACAAGACCAAGUCCUUUGACGAGCCAGUGGAGAUUCUGAUGACCAAGAAAAGCGACUCAGCCAAUCUAAAGACAGAGAAAGCUGAUAAGACCUACAUCCCCAGAGACAACAUGUCUGUGCCAUCCAACAUGCAGCUCAACGACCUCAACACUCUGAGAAAAGCCCGAGAGGCCGCCGUGCAGAACAGUGUGGGAGAGAAGAAGGAAGAGGAGGAGGAAGAUCUGUCUUUAGCCUACGCCGCCAGAGGUUUUGCCAGAUAUCCGAUGGUGGGCUACAUCUAUAAGGUGAACAGCACAAGCAGCGAGGAGAUCUGGCUCUGACUGACCUCAAAGUUACGCACAAACACUGUUACAUGCAUGCAUAACUACUUCCAACGGUGCAAACCCAGAGCAACUGCCAUUCAACCAAUCAUCAGUCACCUUCAAAGCUGGACCAGGAUGACGAGGAUGUCUACAUACAGUAUCAACACACUCCGUUCCUCAAGUUCAUCCAUGAACUUGAAUUUCUUGUUCACAAAAAACAAAACAUGUGGAUGUUUCUGUCUCUCUGAAUCAAGUGCUCUGGUCUAUAUACACCCCCGAUGUGUCGUCUCAACAAUGCAAAGUCUGAACUCUACAUAUAAAUGCUCAUAUUCUCUAUGUUCGAUGACAUGAUCUCCUCCUGUAACCACAUGCUCAUGAUGUCCUCCUCCCUUUUGCAUUACUGGAAUGCAUUAACUGUUCUAUGCUAACACCAGAAAGAUACUCUACUGUACGUGAGAUUUUGACCAAUAAUAUCCAGAUAAGAUGGUGCAUAUUUAUGGAGUUUGUAUUUGUAUAUGGACAUGUAAUAUGUAUAUUUGUAUGCAUAUGUAUAUGUGUAUAAAAGAGGACGUCUAAUAAAGAUAAUAUUGAAAUUGU